GGACAGGAAUAGAAUCAGCCGAAGUAAAGGACAGGCUGCAUUGGCAGCCAGGAGAGAAGGGGGAAAGAUGCCAUCUCCAUCUUUUUCCCUGGAUGCUCAGCUGCGUUUCCAUGACAAAUGGCUGAAGAUAGAUUUGCAGCGCGCCUUCUCUCCAGAGGGGCUCACGGAGAUGUGGAACGAGAUGGUGAAGGACGAGGAGAUCGUCUUUGAUGGAGAGGAGUCUGCUCACCCAGAGGACUGUGCUGACUGCCUUGGCACCCAGAAGAAGGAUGACUCCAACGACCGUGACAAGAAGGAGGAUGAGGAGGCGGUGGCCUCAUCUGUCCAUCACUCCAUCAUUGAGAUGUGGGACUGGGGGCGGCAGCCAGAGGACACAGAGCUGAAGGACUGUCUGAUGGUGCUGGUGGAUGACCAGCAGAAGCUGUCGUCGCUGACGGCCAAAAGCACGCUGUCGGCACGGCGCCUGAGCCAGCGGCUGGUCAUCCUGGAGCGCUACCUCAUCUCGCUCACGCACAGCAUGAUGGACGAGAAGUACAAGGUGCGCUGGAAGAGCCCGCCAACCCCUCCUGUGCCCACCGUCGACAACAAGAGCACUCGUCCAGUCAGUAAAGGGGUGGAGGGCCUGGCUCGGGUGGGCUCCAGGGCGGCGCUCUCCUUUGCCUUCGCCUUCCUGCGCAGAGCCUGGAGGUCAGGUGAUGACGCUGACCUGUGCAGUGAGCUGCUUCAGGAGUCUCUGGACGCUCUGCGCGCCCUCCCAGAGGCCACUCUGUUUGACGAGGGCACUGUGUCGUCAGUUUGGCUGGAGGUCGUGGAGAGAGCCACCAAGUUCCUCAGUGAUGUUCACAGCAGUGCUAGUGCCAAAGGCCCCAGCAACAUUCCCCUGCAGGACCAGCACCUGGCCUUGGCCAUCCUUCUGGAGUUGGCCGUGCAGAGGGGCACCCUCAGCCAGCUGCUGUCGGCGGUGCUUCUGCUGCUGCGUCUGUGGGACAACGGCACGCGGGAGAUGGACAACGAGCGGUCCACCCAGGGCACCAGCGCACCCCUGCUGCCCCUCCUCCAGCGCCUCCACAACAUCCACAGCAGCAAGGAGGAGCCCGUCCCCGAGGAGGAGGUCGAGAUCCUGUCCGCUCCUCUGAGCCCCAACGAGAGCUUCCUGCGCUACCUGACCCUGCCUCAGGACAACGACCUGGCCAUCGACCUACGGCAGACAGCCGUGGUCAUCAUGGCUCACCUGGACCGCCUAGCCGCCCCUUGCAGCCCCCCACAGUGCAGCUCCCCCACAUCCAGCAAGGAGGACCAUGGAAACAUUCAGGGCUCCCUUCAGGAGGUGAUCGGCUGGGGCCUGCUGGGCUGGAAGCCCUAUGCCAAUGUGAACGGCCCCAUCCAGUGCAAGGCCCUGUCCAACCUGGGGGUGAGCCAGAUCGUCUGCUCCGAGAAGGGCUUCCUCAUUCUGGCCAGCACCGGGGCUGUCUACACCCAGAACUACAAGAGCACCACCCUGGCUCCCAUCCUAGUUCACGCCUUGUCAUCGCGGAAGAUCGUGAAGCUGGCUGGUCACCCAGACGGCCUACACUACCUGGCCCUGUCGGCCAACGGCGAGGUCUUCUCUUGGGGCUGUGGAGACGGAGGGCGUCUGGGCCACGGAGACAACACGUACUUGGAGGAGCCCUCCAUGAUUGCAGCGUUCGCAGGCAAGCCUGCAGGGAAGCACGUGGUGCACAUUGCCUGUGGAAGCACUUACAGCGCCGCCAUUACAGCUGAUGGAGAGCUGUACACUUGGGGCCGUGGCAACUAUGGCCGUUUGGGCCACGGCUCCAGUGAAGACCAGACCACUCCCAUGCUGGUGACCGCACUCAAGGGCCUGAAGGUGCUAGAUGUGGCCUGUGGCAGCGGAGACGCACAAACACUCUGUGUGACGGAGAACGGCCAGGUGUGGUCAUGGGGGGACGGGGACUACGGGAAGCUGGGCCGUGGCGGGAGCGACGGCUGCAAGACGCCCAAGCUGGUGGAGAAGCUACAGGACCUGGACAUCGUGAAGGUGUGCUGCGGCAGCCAGUUCUCUGUGGCCCUCACCAAAGACGGCCAGGUGUACACCUGGGGCAAGGGAGACAACCAGAGGCUGGGCCACGGCACUGACGAGCAUGUCCGCUACCCAAAACUGCUGGACAGUCUACAGGGUAAAAAGGUGGUGGACAUCGCGGUGGGCUCCACCCACUGCCUGGCGCUGACAGAAGAUGGUGAGGUGCACAGCUGGGGCAGCAAUGACAAACUGCAGCACUUUGACACGCUCUUCUCCAACAAGAAGCAGCCCAAGGCCCUGCCCGGCCUCAACUCCAAACACAUCGUGUGCAUCGCCUGCGGGCCUGGACAGAGCUUUGCGUGGUCGUCAUGUUCGGAGUGGUCCGUGGGUCUGCGUGUGCCCUUCGUGGUGGACGUGUGCCCCAUGACCUUUGAGCAGCUGGACCUGCUGCUGCGUCAGGUGAGCGAGGGCAUGGACGGCAGCUCCGACUGGCCCCCGCCGCAGGAGAAGGAGUGCAUGGUGGUGGCCACUCUCAACCUGCUACGCCUACAGCUCCAUGCGGCCAUCAGUAACCAGGUGGACCCUGAGGAGCUGGGUCUAGGUCUGGGCAGCGGGCUGCUCAACAACCUCAAGCAGGCGGUGGUGACGCUGGCCAGCAACGCCGGCGUGCUCAACUCGGUGCAGGCGGCCGCGCAGGCCGUGCUGCAGAGCGGCUGGUCAGUGCUGCUGCCCACCGCCGAGGAGCGGGCCCGUGCGCUGUCCUCACUGCUGCCCAGUGCAGUGUCUGGGAAUGAGAUGAGUGUGAGUCCCGGCCGGCGGUUCAUGAUCGACCUGCUGGUCAGCAGCCUGAUGGCGGAUGGGGGUCUGGAGUCUGCACUCAACGCGGCCAUCACCGCUGAGAUCCAGGACAUUGAGGCGAAGAAGGAGGCGCAGAAGGAGAAGGAGAUUGACGAGCAGGAGGCCAACGCCUCCACUAUGCACCGCUGCCGCACCACCCUGGACAAGGACCUCAUCAACACGGGCAUCUACGAGUCGGCCAGCAAGCAGAGCCUGCCCCUGGUGCAGCUGGUCCAGCAAUUACUCAGGAACAUUGCCUCGCAGACCAUAGCGCGGCUGAAGGAGGUGGCGCGACGCAUCUCGAACUGCCAGGACACGGAGCACGUGAGCAAGGAGCGGUCAGCCUCCCUGGACCUGCUGCUGCGCUUCCAGAGGCUGCUUGUCUGCAAGCUCUACGUGGGCGUCAGCGGCAGCACGGGCGUGGGUGGAUACACCUUGACCGACUCUGAGAUCUUGGGUGUGGGUUCUCUGCUGAAGAAGUACAUCGCCCUGCUCUGCACUCACAUCGGGGACAUCCUACCCGUGGCCACCAGCAUCGCCUUCAACAGCCACCGCCACUUCGCCGAGGUGUCCCACGUCAUCGAGGGAGACCUCACAGGGGUGCUUCUGCCAGAACUGGUGGUGUCCAUCGUGCUGUUGCUGACGCGUGAUGCGGGGCUCAUGCAGGAGACGGGCUCCAUCCCGCUGCUUGCCGGCCUGCUGGAGCACCUGGACCGAUUCAACCACCUGGCGCCCGGACACCAAAGGGACGACAACGAGGACCUGGCCUGGCCGGGACUCAUGGGGUCUUUCUUCAAUGGGGCGAGUUCCAGGAACAAUGAGGAGGUGUCCCUCAUCCGCAAGGCGGACCUAGAGAACCACAACAAAGACGGAGGCUUCUGGACCGUUAUCGAGGGCAAGGUGUACGACAUCAAGGACUUCCAGGCCCAGUCUCUAACUGGCAACAGCAUCCUCGCCCAGUUUGCAGGUGAAGACCCAGUUGUGGCUCUAGAGGCGGCCCUGCAGUUUGAGGACACCAGGGAGUCCAUGCAGGCUUUCUGCGUUGGCCAGUACAUGGAGCCCAACCAGGAGACAGUGACCACGCCGGACCUGAGCAGCCUGUCCUCCCCGCUGAUCGACACGGAGCGGAACCUGGGGCUGCUGCUGGGCCUGCACGCCUCCUACCUGGCCAUGAGCACCUGCCUCUCCCCCAUGGAGAUCGAAUGUGCCAAAUGGCUCCAGUCGUCCAUCUUCUCAGGUGGUCUGCAGACCAGUCAGAUCCACUACAACUACAACGAGGAGAAGGACGAGGACCACUGCAGCUCCCCGGGGACCACCACGCCCGACAAGGCCAAGCUCUACUCCGGCCGCAUCACGCUCAGCGACCACGCACAGCCCUUCCUCCAGGCCAUCGCAGACAACAACACCCAGGACCACACUGUGAAGGACUUCCUGUGCCAAAUUGAGCGCUGCUGUAAGCAGUGCCACCUCAUCACCCCCAUCAUCUUCCCCCCGGAGCACCCCGUCGAGGAGGUGGGACGCCUGCUGCUCUGCUGCCUGCUCAAGCAUCACGACCUCGGUCACGUCGCGCUCUCUCUUGUCAAUCAAUGUGCCUUGGUCGUGGAUCAGGGGAAAAUGAGGUCCCUUCCCCGAUCAGUGAUUGAUGUGUGUCGGAUGGUGUACCAGGCCAAGUGCUCACUGAUCAAGACGCACCAGGAGCAGGGCCGCUCCUACAAGGAGGUGUGCGCGCCGGUGAUCGAGCGCCUCCGCUUCCUCUUUAACGAGCUACGUCCGGCGGUCAGCAACGACCUGUCGAUCAUGUCCAAGCUCAAGCUUCUCGGCUCGCAGCCCCGAUGGAAGAGUAUCGCCCAGCGGCUUAUCAGGGACCGACGGAAAAAGAGAGUGCCUAAGAAGUCGGAGUCGGCGGACAUGGAGGAGGUGAAGCUAGAGAUCGAGGGGACCAACGAGGAGGAGCUGUCAGUACCCAUCAGCCCCACGCCCGCCACCGACAAGAAACACGCCACCGCCAAGUCCCCAAAGCAGGACAAGUGGCAGCCUUUGCUGAGCACGGUGGCAAGCGUGCAGAAGUACCGCUGGCUGAAGCACAGCAUCCAUGGCUGCCCGGCCCAGUCCAGUCUCAUGGGCACCAUCGUAGAGUUCUCCCUCAAGGAGGAGCCGCUGGACGUGGAGAAAAUGAGGAAGUGCCUCCUCAAGCAGCUGGAGCGGGCGGAGGUGAGGCUGGAGGGUAUUGACACCAUGCUGAAGCUUGCGUCCAAGAGCUUCCUGCUGCCCUCUGUCCAGUACGCCAUGCUCUGCGGCUGGCAGAGGGUCAUCCCAGAAGGGACCAAUAUUGGGGAGCCUCUAUCCGACUGUCUGAAGGACGUGGACCUGAUCCCUCCCUUCAACCGCAUGCUGUUAGAGGUCACCUUUGGCAAGCUGUACGCCUGGGCCAUUCACAACAUCCGUAACAUCCUACUCGAGGCCAGUGUCAAGUUUAAAGAGCUGGGCGUGCAGCCGGUGCCCCUGCAGACCAUCACCAACGAGAACCCGGCGGGACCAAGCCUGGGUACCAUCCCGCAGGCCCGUUUCCUGCUGUCCAUGCUGCACAUGCUCACUCUGAAGCACGGCGCCAACAGCCUUAGCCUGCUGCUCAACUCCGGCAUGCUGGCUCUCACCCAGAGCGUCCUCCGGCUCAUCGGCCCCAGCACGGACAGUGCGGAGGAGGAGAUAUGCGCGCGGGCCCACGGGGGCUCAGCCACGGUGCUGGAGGAGUCCCGCAAGGAGGCCACCCCCACUCCUCUGCCCGUGUCCGGCCCCGAGCUGGCCGCCAUGAUGAAGAUCGGCACCAGGGUCAUGAGGGGCCAAGACUGGAAGUGGGGAGACCAGGACGGUCCCCCUCCCGGUCUGGGUCGUGUGAUCGGCGAGCUCGGCGAGGAUGGCUGGAUCCGGGUCCAGUGGGACACCAGCAGCACCAACUCCUACCGCAUGGGCAAGGAGGGCAAGUACGACCUGAAGCUGGCCGAGCCGCCGCCCGCCACGCAGCCCACCACCGAGGACUCAGACACGGAGGACGACACCGAGGGCGACGGGGACAACGACAGCGCCCACCCGACGGCCAUGCUGCUGACCAGCACGGUGAACCUGCUGAAGACGCUCGCGCUGUCGGCGGGCAUCCACGCCGAGGUCAUGCAGACCGAGGCCACGCGCACCCUCUGCGGCCUGCUCCGCAUGCUGGUGGACAGUGGUGUCAACGACAAGACCGGCUGUCCAUCCCAGCGGCUGGUGUGGCGGGAGCAGCACCGUAACUGGUGCACGCUGGGCUUCAUCCGCAGCAUCGCCCUGACGCCCAACAUGUGCUCCACCCUCAGCACCUCCGCCUGGAUCGGCCUGCUCAUCCGCAUCGUGGAGGGACACCAGUCCUUCACCGCCGUCACCCUCCAGAGACAGAUCCUGGCACUGAGGCUGCUGCAGGCGGUGCUGCCGUCCUGGGAUAAGAUGGAGCGCUCACAUGACAUGAAGUUCCUGGUGGAGAAGCUCUUUGGCUUCCUGGGAAGCCUGCUCAGCACCUGCUCCUCCGACCUGCCCCUCCUCAGAGAGGGCUCACUGCGUCGCAGGAAGUCCCGCCCCCAGGCCUCUCUUACAGCCACUCACAGCAGCACGCUGGCAGAGGAGAUCGUGGCAGUGCUGCGUACCUUGCACUCCCUCAGCCAAUGGAACGGCCUCAUCAACGAAUACAUCAACUCCCAGCUCAGUGGCAUCGCCGACGUCAUGGCAGGCAGACACCCAGAAGCAACCAUGCUGGAGGAGUAUUUCCCGGACGCAGAGGGUCCGGUGGUCGGCAGUCUGAUGGCGGUGCUGGCGGUGAUCGGGGGCAUUGACGGGCGCUUGCGUCUGGGCGGGCAGGUGCAGCACGAGGAGUACGGCGAGGGCACUGUCACGCGCAUCACGCCCAAGGGCCGCAUCACCGUGCAGUUCCACGAGAUGAGGGUGUGCCGCGUGUGCCUGCUCAGCCAGCUCAAACCGCUGCCAGUGGUGGCGUUCAGUGUGCAGAACCUGCCCUUCACUGACCCCAUGCUGUGUGUCUGGGCCCAGCUGGUCAACCUGGCGGGCAGCAAACUGGAGAAGCGGCGCAUGAAGAAGUCCCUCAGCCGAGGACUCCCAGCGGACCAGGUGGACAUUCAUCUUCUGCGGUGCCAGCAGCUGAGGCUGUACAUCCUGAAGGCGGCGCGGGCUCUGCUCUCCCACCAGGACCAGCUCAGACAGAUCCUCUCCCAGCCAGCAGUACUGGAGCCAGGGCCCACUCCUAGUGAGGAGGCGGCGGUGUCGUCCCCUGACGUGGGGGACCUGUCUCCAGAGGGCCCGCUGCCCCCCCUCAUCCUCCUACAGCAGCUGCUGGCCGCCGCCACUCAGCCCUCACCCAUCAAGGCCAUCUUCGACAGGCAGGAGCUCGAGGCGGCAGCGUUGGCUGUGUGUCAGUAUCUGGCGGUGGAGUCCACGCACCCGUCGUCUCCGCUGUUUGAGGACAGCAGCUCGAGCGAGGCCACCACGCCGGUCACGGUGCAGCACGUGCGUCCGCCCAAGCAGAAGAAGCCCAAGACGUCGCCCGUGCCCCCGCUGCCCAUCGUGCUGCAGCUCAUGGAGAUGGGCUUCCAGAGGAAGAACAUCGAGUUCGCCCUCAAGUCCCUCUCCGGUACCACGGGCACCACCUCUGGAGUGCCAGGUGUGGAGGCUCUGGUGGGCUGGCUGCUGGACCACCCUGACGUGCACAUCACUGAGGUGUCGGACGCAGACACCGUGUCGGAUGACUACUCAGAUGAGGAGGUCCUGGAGGAGCUGGAGGAGCCCGAGCCUGCCUUUCCCGUGCCUCCUGGCGUGGUGGUGACCGAGAGCCAGACAUUCAAGAAGAGGUCCGACUUCCAGAGUAAUGAUGACUACGCGGUGUAUAUCAGAGAGAAUAUUCAGGUGGGGAUGAUGGUGAAGUGCUGCCGGACGUAUGAGGAGGUGUACGAGGGGGACGUGGGGAAGGUGAUUAAACUUGACCGUGAUGGGCUGCACGACCUGAACGUGCAGUGUGAUUGGCAGCAGAAAGGAGGCACCUACUGGGUGCGCUACAUCCACACCGAGCUACUGGGCUUUCCACCUCAGAGCUCGCCGUCUCACAUUAAGAUUGGAGACAAGGUUCGGGUGAAGCCCUCCGUCACCACGCCCAAGUACAAGUGGGGCUCCGUCACACACAGGAGUGUCGGCGUGGUUAAAGCGUUCAGUGCCAAUGGAAAGGACGUGAUUGUGGACUUUCCCCAGCAGUCGCACUGGACUGGCCUGCUGUCUGAGAUGGAGCUGGUCCCCAGUGUGCAUCCAGGAGUCAGGUGUGAUGGCUGCCAGAUGUUCCCCAUCAACGGCCCCAGGUUUAAGUGCAGGAACUGUGAUGACUUUGACUUCUGUGAGAACUGCUUCAAAACACGCAAGCACAACAGCAGACACUCCUUUGGCAGGAUCAAUGAGCCAGGCCAGUCUCCGGCUUUCAGCGGGCGCUCAGGCAAGCAGCUGAAGCGCCACCACAGCAGCCAGCGGGGCAUGCUGAUCGACGAGUGGUCCCGCGUGGUCAAGAGCCUCAACGUGUCGUCCUCCGUCAACCAGGCCUCGCGCCUCAUCGACUCCAGCGAGCAGUGCUGGCAGUCGUCGGGCUCCCAGGGAAAGCACUGGAUCCGUCUGGAGCUCUUCCCAGACGUGCUGGUGCACAGGCUCAAGAUGAUGGUGGACCCUGCCGACAGCAGCUACAUGCCUUCCCUUGUGGUCAUCUCUGGUGGAAGCUCAUUGAAUAACCUGAUCGAGCUGAAGACCAUCAACAUCAACUCCACCGACACCACUGUUUCACUCCUGAAUGACUGCACUGAGUUUCACAGGUACAUAGAGAUAGCCAUAAAGCAGUGCCGUAGCUCUGGGAUCGACUGUAAGAUCCACGGCUUGGCCAUCGUGGGCCGCAUCCGCGCUGAGGACGAGGACCUGGCCACCGUUCCCUUCCUGGCCUCGGACAACGAGGAGGAAGACGACGACAAGACAGCCACUGGAAGCCUGGCCAGGAAGAGGUCAUCGGGCCUGGAGUCGGCCGCCACCAUCAGGACCAAAGUGUUCGUGUGGGGCCUCAACGAUAAGGACCAGCUUGGGGGGCUCAAGGGGUCAAAGAUCAAAGUGCCGUCUUUCUCCGAGACACUGUCCGCGCUGAAUGUGGUGCAGGUGGCUGGAGGCUCCAAGAGCCUGUUCGCUGUGACUGCGGAGGGUAAGGUGUACGCGUGCGGUGAGGCCACCAACGGCAGGCUGGGUUUGGGUCUGUCCAGCGGCACCAUCCCCAUCCCCAGACAGAUCACGGCCCUCAGCAACUACGUGGUCAAGAAGGUGGCCGUGCACUCCGGAGGGCGUCAUGCCAUGGCUCUGACCGUGGAUGGGAAGGUGUUCUCCUGGGGAGAAGGAGAUGAUGGCAAAUUGGGCCACUUCAGCAGAAUGAACUGUGAUAAGCCCCGGCUGGUCGAGGCCCUGAAGACCAAGCGCAUCCGGGACAUUGCGUGCGGCAGCUCCCACAGCGCGGCCAUCACGUCCAGCGGGGAGCUGUACAGCUGGGGACUGGGCGAGUACGGUCGCCUGGGCCACGGGGACAACACCACCCAGCUCCGACCCAAACUGGUGAAGGUGCUUCUGGGUCACCGUGUGGUGCAGGUGGCAUGCGGAAGUCGGGACGCUCAGACACUCGCCCUCACUGAUGAAGGCCUGGUGUUCUCCUGGGGAGACGGAGACUUUGGGAAGCUGGGCCGAGGGGGCAGCGAAGGCUGCAACAUCCCCCAGAACAUCGAGAGGCUCAACGGUCAGGGCGUGUGCCAGAUCGAGUGCGGAGCCCAGUUCUCUCUCGCCCUCACCAAGUCUGGAGUCGUCUGGACAUGGGGUAAAGGAGACUACUUCAGGCUGGGCCAUGGCACUGACGUCCACGUGCGGAAGCCCCAGAUGGUGGAAGGUCUGAGGGGGAAGAAGAUCAUCCACGUGGCAGUGGGAGCGCUACACUGCCUGGCCGUCACAGAAACUGGACAGGUUUUCGCGUGGGGCGACAACGACCACGGGCAGCAGGGGAACGGCACCACCACGGUCAACCGCAAGCCCACGCUGGUCCAAGGCCUGGAGGGCCAGAAGAUCACGCGGGUGGCCUGCGGCUCCUCGCACAGCGUAGCCUGGACCACCGUGGACGUCACCACGCCCUCCGUGCACGAGCCCGUGCUCUUCCAAACGGCGCGAGACUCGCUGGGGGCUUCGUACCUGGGUGUGCCAUCAGACAGUGACCCGUCGUGCGCCAACAACAAGCUGAGUGGUCCAGGCAGUGUGAAGUCCAACCGACCCUCGCUGGCCAAGAUCCUGCUCUCGCUGGACGGUAACUUGGCCAAGCAGCAGGCCCUCUCUCACGUGCUCUCUGCCCUGCAGAUCAUGUAUGCCAGGGAUGCGGUGGUCGGUGCUCUGAUGCCCGCCUCCAUGAUGCCAGUGGAAUGUCCGUCCAGCUCGCCCGUGCCCCCCUCUGACGUGUCAUCAGCGUCCAGCCCCUCUGAGGCAGAGGGCCCUCCAGUGCCCCCGGAGGCAGAAGAGCGCGUUAGCCCCAACCCCUGGCAGGACAAGAGGGCAGAGGUGACCACUUCUGAGGAUGCGGUCACCCCCUCGUCUGCCAUCACCCCCUCCGCCUCGGCCGCCUCCUGCCGCCCCUUCAUCCCAGUGACCGAUGAUCCCGGGGCCGCCAGCAUCAUCGCUGAGACCAUGACUAAAACCAAAGAGGACUCUGAAAGCCAAACUAAAGUGGUGGGCCCAGAACCCCAGUACCUGGACGAGUUCACCAGUCUGCUGGUGCCAGACGACACGCGGGUGCUGGUGGACCUGCUCAAGCUGGCCGUGUCGGUGCGUGCCGGAGACAAGGGCCGGGAGGUGCUCUCCGCCGUGCUGUCGGGCAUGGGCACUGCAUACCCACAGGUGGCAGAUAUGCUGCUGGAGCUGUGUGUGACGGAGCUAGAGGACGUGGCGACAGACUCACAGAGCGGCCGUCUCUCCUCCCAGCCCGUGGUGGUGGAGAGCAGCCACCCCUACACCGACGACACCUCCACCAGCGGCACGGUCAAGAUCCCAGGUGCUGAAGGCUUGAGGGUGGAGUUUGACAGGCAGUGCUCAACAGAGAGACGACACGACCCUCUGACCAUCAUGGAUGGAGCCAAUAGGAUCGUCUCGGUCCGAUCAGGACGCGAGUGGUCUGACUGGUCCAGUGAGCUGCGUAUCCCUGGAGACGAGCUCAAGUGGAAGUUCACCAGCGAUGGAUCGGUUAAUGGCUGGGGCUGGCGCUUCACCGUGUACCCCAUCAUGCCUGCUGCUGGCCCCAAAGACCUGUUGUCUGACCGCUGCAUCCUAUCCUGUCCCUCCAUGGACCUGGUCACCUGCCUGCUGGACUUCCGCCUCAACUUCACCUCCAACCGGAGCAUCGUGCCGCGUCUGGCCGCCUCGCUGGCUGCCUGUGCCCAGCUCAGUGCUCUUGCUGCUGGCCACCGGAUGUGGGCGCUGCAGAGGCUGCGUAAGCUGUUGACCACCGAGUAUGGCCAGUCCAUCAACAUCAACCGCCUGCUGGGGGACAGCGAGGGCGAGGCGCGUCCUAUGAGUUUUACGGGCAGUGCGCUGGCCGCCCUUGUGAAGGGCCUUCCUGAGGCUCUGCAGAGGCAGUAUGAAUAUGAGGACCCUGUUGUCAGAGGAGGCAAACAGCUGCUCCACAGUCCCUUCUUCAAGGUGCUGGUGGCCCUGGCCUGUGACCUGGAGCUGGACACUUUGCCCUGCUGUGCAGAGACACACAAGUGGGCGUGGUUCCGUCGCUACUGCACGGCAUCCAGAGUGGCCGUAGCCCUGGACAAGAGGACCCCUCUGCCUCGGCCCUUCCUGGACGAGGUGUCUAAGAAGAUUCGUGAGCUGAUGGCGGACCACGAGAGCAUGAACAAUCUCCAUGAGAACCACGACAUGUUCAAGAGAGAGCAGGACGAACAGCUGGUACAGUGGAUGAACAGGCGCCCGGACGACUGGACACUGUCAGCAGGCGGCAGUGGCACCAUCUAUGGCUGGGGUCACAACCACCGGGGGCAGCUGGGGGGCAUCGAGGGGGCCAAGGUGAAGGUGCCCACGCCCACCGAGGCGCUGGCCACCCUGCGGCCCGUGCAGCUCAUCGGGGGCGAGCAGACCCUGUUCGCCGUCACCGCCGACGGCAAGCUCUACGCCACGGGCUACGGUGCGGGCGGCCGCCUGGGCAUCGGGGGCACCGAGUCGGUCUCCACGCCCACCCUGCUGGAGUCCAUCCAGCACGUCUUCAUCCGCAAGGUGGCCGUCAACUCCGGCGGCAAGCACUGCCUGGCGCUCUCCUCUGAGGGAGAGGUGUACUCCUGGGGCGAGGCCGAGGACGGCAAGCUGGGCCACGGCAACAGGAGUCCAUGUGACCGUCCGCGUGUGAUUGAGUCUCUGCGUGGGGUGGAGGUGGUGGACAUUGCGGCUGGAGGGGCCCACAGCGCCUGCAUCACGGCCAGCGGAGAGCUCUACACCUGGGGCAAGGGCCGCUAUGGACGCCUGGGCCACGGAGACAGCGAGGACCAGCUCAAACCAAAACUGGUGGAUGCGCUGCAGGGCCACCGGGUGAUUGACGUGGCUUGUGGCAGUGGGGAUGCCCAGACGCUGUGUCUGACCGACGAUGACAUGGUGUGGUCCUGGGGAGACGGGGACUACGGCAAACUGGGUCGGGGGGGCAGCGACGGCUGCAAGGUGCCCAUGAAGAUUGACUCUCUGACAGGACUUGGAGUGACGAAGGUGGAAUGUGGCUCUCAGUUCUCCGUGGCUCUGACCAAAUCUGGAGCCGUCUACACCUGGGGAAAAGGCGACUACCACAGGCUGGGCCACGGCUCAGACGAUCACGUCCGGCGACCGCGACAGGUCCAGGGCUUGCAGGGCAGAAAGGUCAUCGCCAUAGCAACCGGCUCCCUCCACUGCGUCUGUUGCACUGAGGACGGAGAGGUGUACACAUGGGGGGACAAUGAUGAGGGUCAGCUGGGUGACGGCACCACCAACGCCAUCCAGAGGCCGCGGCUGGUCGCUGCGCUGCAGGGCAAGAAGAUCAACAGGGUGGCCUGUGGCUCUGCCCACACUCUGGCCUGGUCCACCAGCAAACCCACCAACGCCGGCAAACUACCUGCACAGAUCCCCAUGGAGUACAACCACCUGCAGGAGAUCCCCAUCAUGGCGCUGCGUAACCGCCUGCUACUGCUACACCACAUCUCUGAGCUCUUCUGCCCCUGCAUCCCCAUGUUCGACCUGGAGGGACGGCUCGGACAGACCAUACACGGGCCCUCAGUUGGCUUCGACACGCUCAGGGGUAUCCUCAUCUCACAGGGCAAGGAGGCCGCCUUCCGGAAGGUGGUGCAGGCAACCAUGGUACGAGACCGACAACAUGGGCCAGUGGUGGAGCUCAACAGGAUACAGGUGAAGCGCUCUCGCAGUAAAGGCGGUCUGGCGGGUCCAGACGGCACCAAGUCCGUGUUUGGUCAGAUGUGCGCUAAGAUGAGCUCCUUCAGCCCCGACAGCCUGCUGCUGCCACAUCGCGUCUGGAAGGUCAAGUUCGUAGGUGAGUCUGUGGACGACUGCGGUGGCGGCUACAGUGAGUCCAUCGCGGAGAUGUGUGAGGAACUGCAGAACGGCCUGACGCCCCUGCUCAUCGUCACUCCCAACGGUCGGGACGAGUCCGGCGCCAACCGCGACUGCUUCCUGCUCAACCCCGUUGCCAAGUCCCCCUUGCACAUGAACAUGUUCCGCUUCCUUGGUGUGUUGCUUGGGAUUGCCAUCCGCACAGGCAGUCCUCUCAGUCUGUACCUGGCUGAGCCCGUCUGGAAGCAGCUGGCUGGGAUGAACCUGACCAUCGCUGACCUCAGUGAGGUGGAUAAGGACUUCAUCCCGGGACUGAUGUACAUCCGGGACAACGAGGCGUCGGCGGAGGAGUUUGAGGCCAUGCCUCUGCCCUUCACUGUACCCAACGCCUGCGGUCAGGAGGUGCAGCUCAGCUCCAAGCACUCGCACAUCAGCCUGGAGAACCGCGCUGAGUAUGUGCGCCUCGCCAUCAACUACAGGCUCCAUGAGUUUGAUGAGCAGGUGGCAGCCGUGAGGGAGGGCAUGGCCCGCGUGGUCCCUGUGCCCCUCCUCUCCCUCUUCACCGGCUACGAGCUCGAGACCAUGGUGUGUGGUAGCCCAGAUAUUCCGCUGCACCUGCUCAAGUCGGUGGCCACCUACAAGGGCGUGGAGCCAACAGCGCCGCUCAUCCAGUGGUUCUGGGAGGUGAUGGAGUCCUUCUCCAACACGGAGCGCUCGCUCUUCCUGCGCUUUGUCUGGGGCCGAACGCGUCUCCCCAGGACCAUCGCUGACUUCCGCGGACGAGACUUCGUUGUGCAGGUCCUGGACAAGUACAACCCUCCUGACCACUUCCUGCCGGAGUCGUACACCUGCUUCUUCUUGCUCAAGCUGCCGCGCUACUCCUGCAAGCAGGUGCUGGAGGAGAAGCUCAAAUACGCCAUUCACUUCUGCAAGUCCAUCGACACGGACGACUACGCCCGCAUCGCCCUGACCGGCGAGCCGGCGGCCGACGACAGCAGCGAGGACUCGGACAACGAGGACGCCGACUCCUUUGCCUCGGACUCCACCCAGGACUACCUGACUGGCCACUGAAAUGUGACCGUCGACCCCAGGGUUUUGGUCAUAUCAAGAAGCUGCCAUGCAAAAAUAAUAAUAGUAAUAAAAAAACACAAACGAAUGAACAAACAGAAAAGGAAGUAAAAGAAACUCAUGGACAUUUUCUCUUCUUUCUUUUCCUCACAUAUUAAUAAUACAUACACAUUCGUACCGUACACACUACCACCACUCCUAUGUGAAGAGAGAUAAGACAUGUAUCAUUUUAAUGUGCAAUUAGCUUUUAAAGCACCAUAAGCUGGAGAGAGGAAGAGAAGGCAAAUAAGAAACAAAAGAAAGGAAAAAAACACAAGCCUGUAGAUCUUGUUCUUCAUUUAGGGGUGUGAAAGACGAGAGAAGGGAGAGGACUGGGCAGUACAUGUUUUUGGGUGUUUUUACGUUCAUGACCGUGCUAAAGUCAUUCAAACAACAGGCCGCGUCUCGUGGCCAAGCACUGUGUGUGUGUGUGUUCUAUUGUAUUUUGACCAUAAUGUGCAACAAAAGAAAUAGUAUUGUUACAAUGUUUUUCUUUUGUUUACGAUUAUAUUUUGUUUUGUUUUAUUUUUUUGCAAUAGCAGUGUUUCUUUGUAAGAACUUUUUUUAAGAAAUAUGGUGUCGAUGUUUCUCAGUCGACUUAAUCAGAGCCCAUUGGCUACUCGGCCUCGGCUUGGUUUUUAGGUUGUCCAUCACUGUCUCCUGUCUCUCCCUCUACGACAAGGGUGUAUGCACUGUCAUCCUUAUGGAAUGUAUAUAAUAUGAUUGUGCCAUGCGUUCAUUAAGCGUCUAAAUCACAUGUAAUAAUAAAUGUUAAUAAAUACAUUUCUGUUAAUAAAUUUAAACCAAAAAAUCA